ACAUGCCAGACCCGAGUCAUGCCCGCUAUCCCAGGGCAUAGAGUGGCCGACAGACAGGUAGCUUCCACUUAACUAGCUGGAUGGCUCGAUAGUGGACAGAACAGAAUUUGAUCAGCUGCGCGUCCUUUCAAACGGUCCGUCCUUUGACAUCGGGACAGUGCCCUUGUCGGACACCGGAAAUUACUCGUUCGUAACGAAGCUUCUUUUAUUUUAUCGGUUUUUUAUUUUCCGUUGUCGUUGAUCAGGGAAGUUUGCAAGGUUUUUUUUCACUCCCGUUGUCGUGCGUUACACAAGUUUCGAUUCGAGAUAAUAAAUAAAUAAGUAAAACAGUGACGUUGAGUUCCGAUCGUAACCGAAAUUUAGGUCCUUCUGUAUUCAUCGAGUUGCUCUUCAGUGCCGGCAGAAGUGAUUAAAAAGUACAGUGUAAGAAAUCUGGUAAACAGACCGAAGGAUUCUCGAUCCGGAAGUGGAAGCGACUUCGGUACUUCAACGUGAUGUUCUGAUCACCGUGUCAACAUUUCUUCUGCGACAGCUAGAUCAACGAUAAUUAAAGUUUCGACAUGACUCCGAGAAAGAACAUGCGAGCGUACAUCUUCCUGACGAUAUUCGUGACGACGAUUUCCGCUUUCUCGGUCUCCUACACACCGCAAGCAAAAGGUAGAAAAUUGUUCGGCGGUUACAGAAUAGUUCCGAAGGAAUGUCGUCCCACGAAUCCGUCGAGAAUCGUUUCGAACGAACCCCCGAUGUGUAUGUUCAACUACGAGUGCACCCAACGAAAUGGCGAGGUGGUCGGCGCCUGUAUGGACGGUUUUCUCUUCGGCGCCUGCUGCCAAUUACCCGCGAAACAGGAGGGUGAAGGGAUGUACGAGAUCGGACUGAACAACGGAGGAGGGCAAAACGUCUACGAGGUGGAUCAGGUGCCCGAUAUUCCGAUUCUCCUCAAUCCUGACGGGACUCCGAUGGGCGUGCUCACUUCCUCGCAAGGAGCCGAUUACGGCCAGAAUGGAAAACCGGGCGUAAUCGAUGGCUCGAACGUUAAUAAUCCAAAGUUGCCGACGCUGUCCGACGUUCUUGGGGGUGGGGGAAAUUCUAACACAAAGUUCUCGACCUUCGAACCGUCGACGCCGACCUUCCACUACGCGGACACCAACGGCAACGCGGAAAAGACGCAAAUUCCCCAGGUCGACGUCAGUCAUUUGGAAACGGACUUUCCGGCGCUUUUGCAUCAGCAAAGUAUCUUGGAUGAUCUACGACUACCCGGACUGAUAACUCAUUCGGAUUCGAACAACGACCUACAGGAUCAUCAGGAAAUGGGGAACGUCGACACCGUUACUACUUUCUUGAACCCCGAUCAGGUCCUGCAAAUCGCCGAUCCGGUCGAUCAAUUACCCGUUCUAUUCGCUCAGGGACUCAGUCAGAACAAUCACUCGAGCGCUGAUACGGUACUGCUGAAUAAGAACGGGAGUAUUUUCAUGGAAAGCAACAAUCCCGACGACCUCUUCGUACCGGGGUCGAAACCCAACGGCGGCAACAAUUUUCAGGGGUUAACUCGACUCCCCGUCGACACGAUGCAUAAAAUCGAACAAGUCACCCAAAAAGUUGAAUCUCUGACCCAGAAAAUAUUGGCCGAAUCAGAUAUGGGAUCCCGCCCGACCUCGUUAUCCCCUCAGUUUAGCUCGACUAAAAAGACACCCCCGAUGACCGACAGACCCGUCUACAGCACGCAGAAACUUCCAUCCGUGACGUAUGAAUUGUACUCCCUGCCCUCAAGGACACCGAGACCCACGGCGGAACUGCCUACGCUCGCGCACGUAACACCCUUGGUAAACAGUAACUCGCCGUCAAAGUAUCCGGGGAACGAGCACUCGGCGACGGCAAUAAACGAGAUAACGUCGGAAAAAUAUACCAAGUGGAUCUCAACUCUGAAGAACGGUGCGACGACCCCGAUGACGCCCACGACCGACGCGAAAGACGACGACUUGAUCAGAGUCCCGAUGAUCAACUACGACGCACAGUCCGGAAACAAGAAAGACGACGCCGUUGAUCACGAAGAAAAUUCCAUCAACCAUAUUAUCUCUUUACUUAACAACAGCGACCCCAGUCCCGAACCCGAACCUCUGCCGGAACCAAACGCUCAUCCCGAUCCGCACGACGAUAAUUCCGGAAUUCAGACUUGGGUCAGCAUAGACGGCACCUCCGUGGCUCCACCGAAGAUCAGACUACCUUCCGUUCGUCCGUCCGGUGAACCAGAGGCAACGACGGUCACCUUUCCUUAUACAUUUUACAAACCUAAUCAGGGCUCGGUGUAUUACGACUACGAGGUAUCGCAGCAAACUGAGAACCCCGACAAGGCAAACACCCAUGGUAUAUCCUCGAACACUUACGCGCCCGUAGCUUCGACCCAUGGUUCGUUCGAUUCUAGCUCUUCGACGCAAACUAUUUAUUCGAACAGGCCUUCAACGAAUCCUCCAGCCCCGACCGUGAUAGUCUUGGGCCCUCUCGGCACCGAGUUUAUUACCAAGGUUGAUCACAAAACGCCCGUCAGACGACCGACGACCACUACCCAGCCGACGAUUUCGAAAAAACCCACUUUCUCCACGACGAUAACGCACAAUAUCAACACGGUGAUAUCUACGAACAAUGCGGAAACGAAUAACACCAGAGUUGUUUCCUCCAGUUACAUUAGCGUCGACUUGAAAGACGGCACCACGAGUACCAAGCCAGUUUUCACGAACACCGCGACAACCCCGAAGCCGGUUGGUUCGCAAGAUACCGUGAGACCUGUCACGUACGAAGAGGUCGUAACGAAGAGACCGGAUGAAACGAUUUACCAGGAAAUUGAGACGAAAAAACCGCCGACCACUCUCGUGACGCUUUCCACUUGGUCCGAGAAACCGACUUUUCAUCUAAAACCGUCCUAUGCUCAACCGGGUGGUGCGGCGGUCACAUGGCCUGAAGACAGCGUCAUCCCGCACAAUCCCAUCAUUCUGAAUGACCCGAUAUUCUUCAACACCGAGGGAUCCGCCACUCCGUCCACUCCGGAGGAUGAAACAGCCGCACCGGACGAAUUCAACAACUUCCCACCGGUCAGAAAUCCAAACUUGAACAUGUCGCUAACGGCUUCGCAACAGGAGAAACCGACCAUCGUCGAAACGUUCAAUCAGACACUUUAUCCGGACUUCGGAGUGAUCGAUGACAAUGAAAUUCCGACCCCGGCUUUCAUCGAGGACGAAGUCCUGGGCAACAAGGUCGACAAUUUCGUUAAUAAAAUCGUGGAAUCUCUUCAGAGCAACUUCGAUGACCUCGGUGAAGUUAUCUACAAGAAGAAGAACGCCACGACUCCGUCGCCUUCCGAUUCGGUUGUUACCAAAAAACCAACUGCUGGUGGAACGACAAAAAAACCGCCGACCCGGAGACCGGCAACUCCGGCAUCCUCGUCGUCUCAAACCCCGACGAAAAAACCAACACCCACUAAGCUUCCGCCGACGCGAGUUUCGACGACAACCCAAAAGACCGUCACUCCCUCCAACAAACCAGUGCGACCUAACAAAGUGUCAACGCUUAAACCAAAACCCACCCCUCAAAGUAGUUCGCCUACAAGCUCGCCCCAAGUCGUUACCAAACGACCAAAACCAGUUAGAAAGCCAACGGUGUCUACCACAUCGAGCACCGAAGCUGAAUCUGCGGAGACUGAAAGGCCACUAGUGAGUUCUACGGAAGUGACGACAUCCGGUUACAAACCGAAUUACAAAAGGGACUGCGGGGUUAGGCCACUGGUGAAAACGGGAAGAAUCGUCGGAGGAAAAGGUGCGAAAUUCGGAAAAUGGCCAUGGCAGGUUCUCGUACGCGAGGCAACUUGGCUGGGACUUUUCACAAAAAAUAAAUGCGGAGGAGUUCUCAUUACGAACAAAUACGUCACAACCGCCGCUCACUGUCAACCAGGAUUCCUCGCAUCUCUCGUGGCUGUACUCGGUGAAUUCGACAUCACCGGGGAACGGGAAUCGAAGACCAGUGUGUCUCGUAAUGUACGACGGGUAAUAGUUCACCGUAACUACGACCCGGCGACCUUUGAAAACGAUUUGGCAGUUCUCGAACUCGAGUCACCCGUGCAAUUCGACACCCACAUCGUUCCAAUUUGCAUGCCAGAAGAUAAAGCUGACUUCACAGGUAGGAUGGCCACAGUUACCGGAUGGGGACGCCUCAAAUACAACGGUGGAAUCCCCUCCAUCCUUCAAGAGGUACAGGUACCGAUAAUGGAAAACUCUGUCUGCCAAGAGAUGUUCCAAACGACUGGCCACUCAAAAUUGAUCUUGGACAGCUUUUUGUGCGCCGGAUACGCCAACGGGCAAAAGGACUCGUGCGAGGGAGACAGUGGUGGUCCUUUGAUGUUGGAACGACCGGACGGUAGGUGGGAAUUGGCAGGGACGGUUUCCCACGGGAUCAAAUGCGCGGCUCCUUAUCUCCCCGGUGUUUAUAUGAGGACGACGUACUUCAAGCCGUGGCUACACACCAUUACCGGCGUGUAAAUCCAAGCCAAUUCCGUCGCCGGACAACGAAACCCGCAGGUAGCUGACUGUGGCUGGAAUCAUUUCUACGAUUAAUUCAGGCUCGGCUAUAAAAAAGGUGCUCCAAUUGAAGAUUUUGAUCGUAAAUUCUAGCAAGAUCGUACGUUUUCCUUUACUACGCUACGUGACGCGAUCACGCUCAUUCGCCCGAGUGGAUCUCGGGCGCAUUUUUCGACUGACUUUAUACAUUUUCUGGACGAAGUUAAGAGCGACAGUUGAACGGUAAUGCUAUUGCAGUCCAUGCCGCUAUGUUCAUUCAUUGGCUGGGUAAUCCGAAAAAUCACAUUUCUAGUUACCACGACCAUUUCUAUCUCGGCAUUGACGUGUGCAUAGCAUCGGCUUUAAAACUUCGCUGACGACCAGUUCCAGAGAGACGGUAACUCUCUCGUUCUUUCUUUUCAUUCCGGAACCAGAUUUCAUAAAUUCUGGGGAUCAUAAAUCCUUCAUACUCCUCUUUACUUAAUGUUUUUUUUUUCUUCCUUUCUUACACCCCGACGGACGCUGAAGUUGGUGCACACGAUGGCUCAAUUUUCGGGAAGCGAAAGCCUCCGUGAAAAAUGUACAAAAUUUCGCCCUCCGCAACUUCCAGUUUAUCCCUUCCACACUCCCCCCUUAUUUACCUUCGUCAUCGAUGUAUCCUAAUCAUUUUAUUUAUUCAGCGAUGUAUUUAUUGCUCACAAUCCCUUCGUCCCUCGUAAUUUAUUGGCAACAUUAACCUCCUAUUCAAUAUUCCUGAAUAACUAUAACGGGUGAAUUUCUCCCUAUUCACGUGUGGUUUCUAAAAGCUAUAGGCACAUAACCAUUGAUGGAUAUAGUGCAAUGACGGGUAGUUAUGUACCAUAGAUAUUGAUUGAAGAAGAGAAAAGAAAAAAAAAAAAUUACCCUCCAUUGUAUCUAUUAAAAAAAUUAUGUAUGAAUGUUUGUUGGUACCUCCUAGGACAAUAAUUAUUUAUUCGUUGUUAGAUGUUACUUAUUUAUUAUAUAAAGGUAUUUUUAUACAA